AUGGAUCAAAGUGAAUUUUCAUUUCGUGGUAAAUUAUUGAGUAUAUUAGACCAAUUGAGCUAUGAUGACUGUCGUCGUCUGAAAUUUUUAUUCGGUCCAGAUAUACCACGUUAUUUACUUGAUGAUCCAUCAAUUAUCGGUACAUUAGAUGUUUUUCAAACUCUGAUUGAUCGCGCAAAAAUCUCACAAAAAGAUUUUACAUAUCUGAUUAAAGCAUUUGAAGUUAUAAAACGUUUUGAUGCAGCUGAUUAUUUGAAAGAACAUCCCUAUUCAUAUUUACCAACUAAUACAAAUACACUAAUAACACCGUACCACCGACCUCCUUCACUUGUAGAUGAACUUAUAUGUGUCUAUGCCGAAGACGAUAAAAUUCCUUUGCAAUCCGCAAAUCGCACAAUGGACUACGGUAUUACAUUUAGUGUACUUCCGGAGUAUACCAAGGAGCUCUAG